GUGCCUUCGUUUAAAAGUGUUUGUGCCUUCGUUUGUCAUAAAUACAGGUUAAUAUGUCUACCGAAAUGGAGAAAUUAAAAAAGUUACGUGUUAUACGCUCACAGUGCAAAGGAACCAUUACAAGAAUCGACAGUUUUGUCAAGGAUCCCGUAGCUUUGGCAGCCGCCAGCGCCGAUAUAUUAGAGGCGCGUAAAGAGAAGCUUAUUUCCACCUUAAAAGAUUACGAAAAGGUGCAAAUGGACAUCCUAAGCAUUGAUGAAGGCGACGGUGAACAGGGCCACAACACAUUGCUGCAUCAGGAGCGCAAUGUGAAUGUGGACAAGCCCAGGACAAAUAAUGAUGACAGUCAGCAGCCACUAUCAUCCGAUGCUGGGCUGCAUUAAAACUGAAAAUGGACCGGUAUUUCAGAAUACCAUGUUAGGAUAUGUUGUCGGAGGAAGUAUCCCCGAGCAAGGUACUACAUGUAAUAUUGUAACAAAUUUAAUUAAUAUAUCUGAUGGUGAAAAAUUGGAAAAUGUAAUGGAGCAAUUUUGGCUCUCUGAAAAGCUUCCUGAAGUGGAAAAAUCUACAAAUGAUGAGUUUAUUCAAGCUGAAAAAAUAUUUCAGGACUCUGUAUCACUAAAAGACAAUAUAUUUUAUGUUGAUAUGCCAUUAGCUUUCCCCAUGGAAGAGUUAGGCCUAGGUGACUCAUUUUCUGUUGCCUAUAAUAGAUUCAUAAUGUUAGAAAAAAGGUUACAAAAAGAUCCUUUGUUAUUUGAACAAUAUAAAAAAUUUAUUGACCUAUAUCUGGAAUUAGGACAUGCAAAGAUAGUUGAUAUUGAGGGUUAUGAUUUAAAUGGUCCUGUGUUUUUUCUAGGACACCACUGCGUGUUCAAUCCUUCCAGUCGAACCUCACCUCAUCGUGUGGUCUUUGAUGGAUCAAUGAGAUCUAGAAAUGGGACAUCGCUGAAUCAAGUCAUGCUGAACGGACCUGUUGUACAGAGUGAGCUCUUUGAUAUCCUUAUUUUAUUCAGGACUUAUCCCUUUAUUUUAACUUGUGACAUUAAAAAAAUGUUUCGCAAUGUUUUUAUUAAUGAACAUCAACGCGGACUUCAAAACAUAUUAUGGCGCGAAUCGCCCAAAGACCCUAUCAACUGCUUGCAGCUUCAAACUGUUACGUACGGUUUAAAAUCGAGUACAUUUUUAGCUACAAGAGCUCUAAAUGAGCUAGCAAAUAUGCAUAAGGAUCAAUUUCCUUUGGCCGCUCAGGCUAUUUAUAAAAAUACAUUUGUUGAUGAUGUGUUGACUGGCGCUGAUGAUGUAGAGACACUUCAAGAGCUGAAAAGGCAAAUUGUAGAGCUUCUGGAGUUAGGUAGUUUCUCAUUACAUAAAUGGUGCUCGAACCACGCUCCAAUUUUAAGCGAUAUACCAGUUGAGCACAGACAAAUUGAUAGUGUAGAGAUAGGUCAAAACGACACCGUGAAGACAUUAGGUCUCACACUCGAAAUAAACUCAGAUAAAUUGAGUUUCUCUUGUCCUGCAGUUGAUGACGCAACAAUACUGAAUACAAAAAGAAAAAUUCUCAGCUUUAUAGGGAAAAUGUUUGACCCACUUGGUUUAAUUGGCCCAGUAAUUGUGGUGGCCAAACUAUUCAUGCAAGAACUCCAUAGCUCUAUGCGUAAAGAUUGGGACUCUACAAUCCCAAAUGAAAAGUUCCUAUACUGGUCAAACUUUUUAAAUAAUUUAAAUCAAAUGGGUCAAAUUAAAAUAGAUAGAUGUGUAAAUUUUAAAUUAGUAUCACAUGUAGAGCUAGUAGGGUAUGCCGAUGCAUCUCUUAAAGCCUUCGGGAGCUGUCUCUACCUAAGAGUUUUUAUGAGUGAUGGCUCGGUUCAGGUGAACUUAUUGUGUUCCAAAUCCCGUGUGUCCCCACUUUCUAAAUCUCACACCAUACCUCAAUUGGAGCUUUCUGCUGCUCUACUUUUAGCGCAAUUGGCAAGUAGAGUCAGUAAGAUUUUAAAAGAUAGAGUUCCUCAUAAAAUGUAUCUUUAUAGUGAUUCCCAAAUCGUAUUGUGGUGGAUCAAAACAGAGGCAGUAAAAAGUACUAUAUAUGUAAAAAAUAGAGUCAAACAAAUAGUAGAGCUUACUGAAAACUCACAAUGGCUGUAUGUUAGGUCAAAAGAUAAUCCUGCUGACUUAUUAUCAAGGGGAGUCGAACCACAUAAGCUGCAGGAGUGUGAUUUAUGGUGGCAUGGUUCGCCAAGUCUUUGUGAUGUAAAUUAUACACAUACAAACUUAGAAGAAUUUAAUUAUGACGAUAUCAUGACACAUGUAGACUCGCAUGGUGCUUCAUUGGAUGCGUCUUCUAACGAUGUAGAGGGAAUUUUGUGCCAUACCACAAAUGUAGAGCCUCUAGAUUUAUUAAAAAAAUAUUCUAACUUGAAUAAACUUCAAAGAGUAAUAGGCUUUAUUUAUAGAUUUUACAAUAACUGCUUGAACAAAGACAACAAAAUAACAAGUAGAAAUUUAACUUCUAGGGAAUUGCGUGACUCUAUGUUGAAGAUAGUACGUUGUACACAGGCAGAGCAUUUUAGUAAAGAAUUAGUCCUGCUCUCAAAAAAUAAACCUGUGACAAUUAGUGAUCAAUUAGCAUUUCUAGAUAAAAACGGUGUAAUUAGAGCCGUGGGGAGACUGCAAAAUGCAGAGAACCUGUCUUAUGACAAGCGGCAUCCGACUAUACUUCCAAAAAACUCCUUUAUUACCGAUCUCAUUAUAGAACGAGAGCACUUAAGACUUAUGCAUGCAGGCGCUAGGCUAGUAUUAGGCUCUCUAUCUCAGAGACAUCAUCUUGUGAA